CCCUAACUUGUCCGCUUGUCGCAUCGCGCUGCUGGAAAAUCAAAUUGGAACGCGCCCGAGCUCUCCCCGGCUCCCGCCCCGACGCCACCGCCCAAGGCGCAGGCCAAGCUCGCCGCCGGCCAUUCCCAUGUCUCUCGGCCGCCUCGGCCGCGCACGCGCGUCGCUCUCCCUGCUCCGGCCCUUCACCACCACCACCACCACAGCAGCAGUCUCCCCACCCGCGGCCUUCCUCGCCCACAACCUGCUCGACGAAUUCUCCCGCCCGCGCUCCACCCGCGACGCGGCCCGCCUCCGCCGCCUGGCCGCGUACCUCUCGCCGCCCGCCGCGGAGUCCGUCAUCCUACGCCUCCCUUCCUGGCGUCACGCUCUCGACUUCUUCCAGUGGGCCGCCGAGCAGCCGGGUUUCUGCCACUCCUGCUACUCCCUCAACGCCAUGGUAUCCCUCCUGCCCCCACACCAGCGCGCGCACCUUGACCGCCUCGCUGGAGACGCGGUCGCAUCGCGCUGCUCCAUGACACCUGGGGCACUUGGGUUCCUCCUACGCCGCCUCGGUGCCGCUGGCCUCCCGGACACGGCCGCCCGCGUCUUUGAUGCGUCGAGGACUACUCUCAGCUGCAUCCCCAACUCAUACACGUACAACUGCCUCCUCGACGCGCUCGCCAAGGCUGGUCGUGCGGACGAAGCUGAGGUGAGGUUGCGCGAGAUGGUAGAGAGUUGUGGUGACGAGAGUGUCGACAGGUACACGCUCACCUCACUCCUGCAGUGCUAUUGCAACGCGGGCCGUCCUGACGACGCAAACACCGUGUUCCAGAGGAUGAGUGAGAAGGGAUGGGUCGAUGAACACGUGCUGACGACGCUUGUAGUGGCGUUCAGCAAGUGGGGGAAGGUAGACAGAGCAGUUGAGCUGGUGGGGAGGAUGGAGGCACUGGGGAUGAGGCCAAGCGAGAAGACAUUGAGUGUUCUUGUCCAUGGGUUUGCCAAGCAGGGCAGGGUCGACAUGGCCAUGGAGGUGUUUGACAAGAUGGCCAGAUAUGGAUUCUGUGUGGAUUUGGUGAUGUACAGUGUGUUAAUUGAGGGUCUGUGUCAGGGAAACUUGAUCGGGAAGGCAGUUCACUUGUUCAAGGAAAUGAAGAGGAAUGGGGUUGCUCCUGAUGUCCGCUUACUCAAAAAGAUAAUUGAGACAUUCUGUAGCAAAGGACAUUUCACUACUGCUGUUCCAUUCAUCAAUGAAAAUGCAGAGCAUCUGAAACCUAGCGGUGUCGUCUCAUUAUAUAACGUAGUUCUAGAAGGGCUUGUUAAUAGUGGAGACAUAGAAGCAGCCUAUCAGUUGCUCAGGUCCAUGGUGCAUGGUGGUCAAAGGGUUAGUAAUGGUAACACCGGCGGUUUGCAUCUGUUUGUUAUCAGUGAAGGUGUUAAACCAAACUCUGAUUCAUUUAACAUUGUUGUGUGUGGCCUUUGUAAGUUUAAGAAACUGGAUCUGGCCUUGGCUCUCACAAAGGAAAUGAUUGUGCUCGAUUGCAAGGGAAAGCUUUUGAUGUUCAAUAAUUUGAUACUUGAGUUUUGCAAUUCAGAUAGACUUGAUGAAGCAUAUGAGAUGUUUAACAAAAUGAAGGAUCUUGGUUUGAAACCCUCAGAGUUCACAUACAAUUCAUUGUUUUAUGGCAUUUGUAGAAGAAAAGACAUUAAUGCUGCCAUUGAUCUACUGAGGGAUAUGCGGACAAAUGGACACAAACCAUGGAUUAAGAACUGCACAGAGAUGGUGCAACAGCUUUGUUUCGGUGGCAGGAUAACAGAAGCCUUGCAAUUUCUUGAUGAAAUGCUUAAAAUGGGUUUUCUUCCUGACAUUGUCACAUACUCUGCAGCCAUGAAUGGAAUGUGCAAAACAGGAGAUAUAGACAAUGCACUAGAGCUUUUCCGUGACAUUUCAUCCAAAUAUUAUCUUCCUGAUGUGGUGGCACAUAAUAUCUUGCUGAAUGGAUUCCGAAAAUCAGGUAAAUUUAACGAGGCACAAGAAAUAAUGGAAGAAAUGUUGAGUAAGGGGCUGUUUCCUUCUGUAGUUACCUACAAUCUUAUGAUUGAUAUUUGGACCAAGUCUGGCAGGAUUGACAAAGCAAUAGCUUGCUUUAAUAAAAUGAGUGAUGAAGAGAAGCUACCAACGGUUGUUACAUAUACAAGCUUGAUAGAUGGACUCUGUAGUGCUGGAAGACCUGAUGAAGCCAUUGUUUUGUGGUGCAAAAUGAGGGAAAACAGUUGUGCUCCAAGUGAGAUAGCAUAUACUGCUUUAAUAAAUGGAUUGUGCAGGUGUGGUCGAAUAGAGACUGCACUGAGCUAUUAUGAAGAGAUGAAGAUGAAUGGUUAUGACUUAGAUAUUUUUUCCCUAUUACAUUUCACAAAUUUUUUGAUAUCACAUGGGCAUGCCAGCAAAGGAUGUGAUCUUUUAAAAGAAGUUCUCCAAAAAGAUGUGGUGCACAGUAAUAAUAUGAAAAUGAUAGGCUUUAUAAAUAAAGCAGUUGAGGAGCUGUCUAAUGAUGGAAGGACAUAUUCAGAUAUCAAGAUACUUGUAGAUAAAUAUUUACUUUCAGGGGAUCAAACUAUACAUAAUGAAGAUGGAAGCAAAUGAGACCUGUUGCUGGCAUGCGCUUUGUGUGUCCUCAAGUCUGUCUCUAACCAAAGAGUAAUGGUGUCAGCUGUGAGAUUCCAACUUGUGUAUAUUGUACUUUGUUUUUGCCUACACAUGUUGCUGCUUCAUGCAACAUCUUUAUGUGGGAAGACCUUACAUAAUCUACUUUCAAGAUGUUGCUUCUUUGUGUAUUUCUGGGUUCCAUUCAGAAGUGCUAUUUUGAUGCUAUAUCAGAGUCAGCUUAUCAUAAUUCAACCAUCAUACCAGUACUGGGAAAGGUUGGAGGAAGAUGGUGUAUCAUCAUUUUGUGUAGGGCAUGCUCAUCAUAUGGUGAUGUUGAGGGUUGAGCAUGUGAUAUUAUGGCAAAUUGCAAACACAAGUCUAAAGAAAUACUAUAUGUUCUUUUGACCAUACUGUAGGAAUAGAGGAAGAGGAUAUACAAGUGCCUUUCUUAAUAAAGAAUAUGAAGAUUAUGCGAUGCAGAAGGUAAGAACCAUCUGCACGGUGACAGCGGUGUGAAAGAACCUGGAGUGUGCAUGUGAAGGAUGCUUCUAUAGUGUUAUUUUUAAUUAAAAGGUUUUAUGAUUACUGAUUUAUUGUGUGAUUUCAAAGCUAGCGUGGGAGGUGGUUUAUGCCAAAAAGAAAAGAAACGAAAAGAAAAGAAGAGAAGAGAAGAGAGGCUAGACAGGAGAAAACAGUUCUUCUGAAAGAAAGAAUAAUUGAUCAAUCCAUCAUGGUGUGAGGUUCUAGUGAGGAUGAUUAUAGAUAUCAAGCUUGUCCAAGAUGCUAUGCGUGGUAGAUCUUAGAAAUCAGAAGGCAGAAACAGCUCUGCUGAAGCAGUACAAUCCAUGUUUAGUAUCCUUAACUGCGUAUAGUUCAUUAUGUGGCCAAGUUUCUCGCGGCGGCGGACCGGUUAGAGCGUUAAACACAGGGAGUCGUUGAAACUCCUGUCCCAAUCCGGGUUCGAAGCACAGUACCUUCUUACAGAUUCUCCCAUGGUCAAGUUUCCGUAAAGUAUACUGUGUGAGUGCAUGAGGAUACUUGGUGUUCGCCAUUGUUUGUUUGGCUUAUACAUGCUCGGUUGUUCAGUUGACACACCUGCAUGUCCAUCACAAGUGUUCUAGUAUAUGUUUUCGUCAACAAUAAUGAAGAUGGUGCGUAACUUUCCUCUA